CCUUCCCACCCCGGACAACUUUUUAUUCCUCGCGUAGCUCAUUUAAAUAUCACCCCCUCCCCAAAAAGAAGAGAAGAAAGAGGAAUUGCCAUAAAAGAAAAGUGCCACCUCCUUUUUCCUUCCUCCCGCCUUCCUUUCAAGCAGGAAGACCCAAUCAAGCGCGCAUCUCAUCGAUUCAUAAGAACUAAAAAAGAAGAGGAGCGCGUGCACGUGCGGGGGGGUUAGGGACACUGAUGGACCCCUUGUUCCUCACAUAACCUCCCUCUUCAGCCUUAUCAUCAUCUGGAUUUGAGUUUUUGUCUGGGGGUGCGUGUACAUUUUUUGCGGGGGGCUUUGAACACCUGGAGGGACACACACACACGCGCGCACACGCUCCUCGUGGUGGCUCGGGUCCAGUUCAACGCGCCUGUUGCAGAAGAUCACGCACGCACGCACGCACGGACGGACGCGCGCACGCUCACGGAGGGGAACCGUUUAACCUCCACUCCCCCCCUCGCCCGGCACCGAAGCGGCGACACGCAGUCAAGCCGCGCCGAUCAUCAGCCAGCCCGGAGAAGCAAGCGAGGAAGGACGCCCCCACCCCUGGUUCUCCGCUACCUCCUUUUUUUUUUUUUUUUUUUUUGCUCGACCCGCACACGCUCCAUCGAUGCGGGAGUCCUGAGCGAGCGAGCGAGCACCGACGAAGGGGGGGGGGAAGUGUUCCCCGCGGGAAGCCUCGCAUCAGCGGGGCCGCAGAGGAAGCGCCUUCCCCGGGGUCGGGCACGCCGACAUGCCGCGGAGGAAGCAGCAAGCGCCGCGGCGCGCCGCAGCAUACGUCCCCGAGGACGAGAAGGAAGCGGCGCUGCUGGAUAACGAUCCGGAGGGAGAGGACUCAGCGCCGGAAGCCGAGGAACCCGCCGCCAAGUUCCUUUGCCGGGACGGUAAUGACGGACUGGGGUCCGGACACGACCUCCGUGACUCACCCACCGCCGCCGACUUCUCCGGCCAAGAGAUGGACAGCGAGUCUCACCAGAGCGAAUCUAGUGACGGAUUGUCGGACUUUGAGAGCCCGCCGCUCAAAACAGAGGAGGACAUUCUCCUUUUUAAAGACCCAGCCAGUGUUCUGUCGCUGUCCUCCGCAGCCAUGACGGCGGCGGACAACGCCGCCACCCCGGGCAGCGGCGAUGAAGCCGUGCUUUCGGCCUCCGUGCUUUCCAGCUCCACCUCGGUGGCUGACAGUCUGGAGAGGAUGAAGGCCAUCUACACCUCUUUCUUGACCAACUCCUACUGGUCUAGCCUAAAUCUAAACCUGAGCCAGCCGCCACAGGAGAAGCCCCCUCGCAGCCACAGUAGCAGCAGUAGCAGCAGUAGUAGCAGCAGCUGCGGUAGCGGCGGAUACGACUGGCACCAGACAGCCGUCGCCAAAACCCUUCAGCAGGCCUCACAGAACCACCAGAGCCGACUGGCCUUGACCCAGCACCCCUCGGUGACCCUGUCGGCGCCGUCUGCCGAGCCGAGCCUCUUUAGCACCGUGCAGCUCUACCGCCAGAGCUCCAAACUCUACGGCUCCAUCUUCACCGGUGCCAGCAAGUUCCGCUGCAAAGACUGCAGCGGCGCCUACGACACCCUGGUGGAGCUCACGGUGCACAUGAACGAGACCGGACACUACCGGGACGACAACCACGAGGUGGACAGCGAGGGCACCAAGCGCUGGUCCAAACCUAGGAAACGCUCCUUGCUCGAGAUGGAAGGAAAGGAGGAUGCGCAGAAGGUUCUCAAGUGCAUGUACUGCGGACACUCCUUUGAGUCCCUCCAGGAUUUAAGUGUCCACAUGAUUAAGACCAAACACUACCAAAAAGUGCCUCUGAAGGAGCCCGUGACUCCGAUGGCAGCUAAGAUCAUCUCGGCUCGGAAAAGAGCCCCCGUGGAGCUGGACGUCCCCAGCUCGCCGGACUCCAAUGGAGGGACCACGCCCAAACCGGCCUGCCUGACUGAUGCCAAUGAGCUUCUCCAGAGGACGGCCCACCCCUACAUCACGCCCAACAACCGCUACGGGCACCAGAACGGCGCCAGCUAUGCCUGGCAGUUUGAGUCACGCAAGUCCCAAAUCCUCAAAUGCAUGGAGUGCGGCAGCUCGCAUGACACCCUGCAGGAGCUCACCGCCCAUAUGAUGGUGACCGGACACUUUAUCAAAGUCACCAACUCUGCAAUCAAGAGGGGCAAACCUAUCGUGGAGACGCCCAGUCCGGCAUCCACGCCGACCGUGGAAGAGAAAGUCCAGUCGGUUCCCUUGGCCGCCACCACCUUCUCGCCGCCACCCGCCCCGGCUCCUCCUCCCCCUCCCACCAGCGUCUCGCCUGCCGCCAUGGCAGUGGAGAUCAAAAAGGAGGAGAAAGAAGAGGAAUGUACUAAAGAAUCCUUUGUUAACACAAACUCAAACAAGAUGUCAGGAAUUGAGGAGGAAACUGAGGAGAAGUUUGACAUCUCGUCAAAGUACACAUAUCUGACAGAGGAAGAUCUGGACGCAAGUCCCAAAGGCGGUCUGGACAUCCUCAAGUCAUUGGAGAACACGGUGACCUCCGCCAUCAACAAAGCCCAGAACGGAGCUCCGAGCUGGGGAGGCUACCCGAGCAUCCACGCCGCCUACCAGCUCCCCAACAUCAUGAAGCUCUCUCUCGGGAACUCGGGAAAGAACUCUCCAGUAAAGUACAUGUUCCCUGGGGCCGAGAUCCUGUCGCCCGGCGGCAAAAAACAGAUGCUGGUAUCUCCUCCCAAUUGCCAAACAUCGCCGCUUUCCAAAAACAACUUUCACGCCAUGGAGGAGCUUGUAAAGAAGGUGACGGAGAAAGUGGCAAAAGUAGAGGAGAAGAUGAGGGAACCGGCAGGCGUGGCGAGGUGUUCCCCCAUGAGAACCACGCCGUCACCGUGCCACAGUGAGGCAGAUGACUCUCCGAGAGGGGACUCUCCGAAGGACGCCAAAAGAGGAGGCUGUAAAACUCCCCCCGAGAAUGUGACAAACGGAGCGAACCACAAGGAGACUAACGGAGACGGCAGUGCGAGGGAACCCACGGAGAACGGCGUGGCCUCGCCUCAGCCCGGGUCCCUCUGCGGCAGCACGGCCAUCAUCACCGACCAUCCGCCCCCGGAGCAGCCCUUCGUCAACCCGCUGAGCGCCCUGCAGUCGGUCAUGAACGCCCACCUGGGCAAGGCCGCCAAGCCCGCCCUGCCCUCUCUGGACCCCAUGAGUAUGCUCUUCAAGAUGAGCAACAGCCUAGCCGAGAAGGCAGCGGUGGCGGCAUCCACGCCGCCCGCCCAGGCCAAGAAAUCCGCCAGCGACCACCACCUGGAUCGCUACUUCUACCAGCCGAACCUCAGCGGCAACGACCAACCGAUGGAUCUCACCAAAGGCAAGCACGCCGACAAAAGCGCGUCGCCUUCCCCCACGGUGGCCAUGACCAAAGCCUCUGCCGCCGUCGCCUCCUUCAUGUCCUCAUCCCCCCUGAAGGAGAAUGCCCUGUCUGACAUCUCUGACAUGCUGAGGAACCUCACGGAGAGCCAGGCCAUCUCCAAGGCCUCCACGCCCACCAGCUUGUCGGAGCGCUCCGACGUGGAGGGCGCCACCCAGGAGGAAGCGGAGGAGGUGUCGCCGGCUCAGAAGCGCAAAGGCCGCCAGUCCAACUGGAACCCGCAGCACCUCCUCAUCCUGCAGGCCCAGUUCGCCUCCAGCCUGAGGCAAACCGCCGACGGCAAGUACAUGAUGUCGGACCUGAGCCCGCAGGAGAGGAUGCACAUCUCCCGCUUCACCGGCCUCUCCAUGACCACCAUCUCCCACUGGCUUGCCAACGUCAAGUACCAGUUGCGCAGGACCGGCGGCACCAAGUUCCUGAAGAACCUGGACUCGGGCCACCCGGUGUUCUUCUGCAGCGACUGCGCCUCGCAGAUCCGCUCCCCGUCCACCUACGUCAGCCACCUGGAGGCGCACCUUGGCUUCAGGCUGCGGGACCUGGCCAAGCUCUCCGGAGAGCAGCUCUUGGGUCAGAUCUCCCGGCAGCGCCUCCACAAAGGACUCUCUGACAAACUCCUGGCCCAUUUGCAUCCGUCCAGCCGCCCUUUGCCCUCGUCCCUGCCGUCCUUUCCCGUGACCCUGCCCUCGUCCCUGCCCGCCCCCGAUUCGGGGGCUGCGGCGGCCUCCCCCAACGGCGAUGAGGACGAGGGGGGCGCUGCGGCGGCGCACCAGUGCAAACUGUGCAACCGGACUUUUGCUAGCAAGCACGCCGUCAAACUGCACCUCAGCAAGACUCACGGGAAGUCCCCGGAGGACCACCUCAUGUACGUUUGCGAGCUAGACAAACAGUAGCGCGGAUGACGUGACUUUACCCGACUUGACCGUACUCGGAUUCAGGACAGGCUGCCAAAUAAAGGACAGCUGAGAGAUUUUUUUUUUUGGUCUCGAUUUCCUGUGUUGGAGGCACAGAACGUUAUGCAAACCUCCAAAUAUGAGCCCCGAGACACAAGAUAGGAAAAAGAAAGAAAAAAAAAAAUCUUACAAAUGUUGUAGUGUAAAUGAAAUUGCUUUUUAUUUCCACAUGUGGUAAAAUUGCAUGCAUCAAGAAAAAAAACAUGACAUCUGCUGAUUUUUGGGGGGGGAUAUUUUCUUUCAGCCAUCUCUUGUUUUUACUCGUAUGUACCCAUGAGGUUUACGGCUGCACUGGAAAGUCACAUAAAUAACGAUCAACCUACCAGAAUAACGGGGGCAAAUAAUAGUGUGAGCACAGAGCUGUUAUGUUAGGAGACGUAAAUAUCAAAAUGGAGUUCUUGUUUGUCAUUUGUGAAAGUUGCGCUAAGCUUUAAUUGUAAUGCUUCAAUUAAAUUUUCAUUAAAUGUAUCAUUUUCCAAUGGCGAUGAACACGCCAUUCUCUGACUUUAUUCUCAUCAAAUUGCAUAAUCAUUCCGAUUUUUUUUCCCCCCUCUUGUAAAAUUUUUCAAAAUGUCAGACUUUUUGUAAGUCCAAAUAUUUGGAUUUUUCUGACAUGCAAUGAUCCCUUUUUUAAAAUUGUAAAAUUCCAACUUCUUCCAUCUCAUAAAAUGAUGACCAUUGUUGCAAACCUGAUAUGUUUUUUUUGUCUUGAUAUUUUUGCCGCCUUCUUUGUCAGAAAAUCACAACAGAUUUUUCAAAAGUUUAAUGAUUGCGUUUAUUUUGUCAUGUAAUUGGUUUCGGCCCAUAAAAAUCCGAAAAUAACAGCCUCUCUCUCUCAGCAUCCCGCUUUGUAAAAAUAGUGACUUUUGUUUUACUGCAAUGAAGUUUUUUGUUUUCUUUUCUUUCAUGAUUGGACUAUUAGCUUUCAGUGUGGCCCUACUGCUCUGUGUAAACAAAUGCACUUCGAAUGCUAACUUUUACCCUCUUUGAGUGCCGAAAAGGGAGAAAAAAAAAACAUCUUUUUUUUUCUUUUUUAUUAUUACACAUUGUCACCCAUUUGUCUUCAUUGUUAUAAGGCGGGGCAAAACAUUGUGUGACUGUUCAGGGACCUCCUUUUCUUCAGGUCUGUGUAAAAUAUGUAAAGAUAUAUAAAUAUAUAAAACAUGACGUAUUAAUUCCUGUUUAAAUUAUACAUCCUUCCUAUAUUUUUUAAUUUAAAGAAAAGAAACAGAAGAAGAAUGACUGCUGGUGCACAGUAAACAAAGACAUUAAUGAUAUUGUUUUGCACAAGACUUGUUUUUUAUACGUGUAUUAUUUAAUCAAAUGAUAAAACAAAAACAAAAAAAGGGAAGGAAAAACCUUUUUUUUUAAAACGGCAUCAUUCUGACUGGAAGUAAAAGUCGUGCUCAAAGGGUUGAAAAGCCUUUUUAAUCACCUUACACGUGGAAAAAAAAUUGGGGUCAGGGGUAGACGUCACUUUGUCAUUUUCUUAUUUAUAAGCAUUUUGGUUGACUCGGCCGUGUGGCCACAAUGCAGCUUUAUCUUUGUGGAUUCGAAGGGGGGGGGGGGGGUAUGUGACGGGUAACCAUGGUUACGCUGCGUUCACAACCCUCCUCACUAAUUGGCGUGUAAAUACAAAGUGUAAAAUACCAAGCAUGUAAAGAGCACACUGUCCUUUUCUUUCUCAAUGUUGUUGUACUUGACAAUGGAAACAUUCACAUUGUUAUUAUUACGAUCAUUAUGAGAACAUUGUUUUCUACCGCAGCAUUAAAAAAAUGAACCUGUUUUUUUGCACCUAUGCUUUGUGACUGCUUUGUUUUCACUAAAGUGUUGCGGACACAUCCAAACACGCAACAGCAACUAUCAAAAUAGUUUCAAAUUUAAAAUAAGAAAGAAAAGAAUAUGAAAUAUUUUUUUACAAAUUACACAGGUGUAUUUUUUUCUAUGAAAAGAAAAUGCCACAAAAAGAUGUUUAAUAGUGUGUCGUUUUAGUUGAUGCAAUUAAGAUUUUUUGUUUUUUUACUCAAAAACAUAUGCUGUAUAAUACUGAUAAUACUGUAGAUGGACUGCAAAACAUACAGAAAGCCUGGACACACACGCACACACGAAGAGCCAGUUGUGUGCAAGGACUUCAUUUGCAGUGACAAGGUGUGACAGUGUGUGAAAAUGUCAGGCGUCAUAUUUAAAGCUCUCAUUAGCCUCAAAGAAACCAGGCACUAAAUUCAACUCUAUUUCUCUCUGGUGCGCCCAAACGCUUUCAAAU